AUGUGCGAACCGUUAAGACAACUUACGCGUAAAGAUGUUGUGUUCAAUUGGACACACGAACAUGACGAAGCGUUUGACACAAUCAAGCAGUCAGUGUGCAACGCGCCAGUAUUAAGCUACUAUGAUUCUAAACUCGAAACAGUAAUACAGUGCGACUCUUCUGAAAGUGGACUCGGUGCAACAUUACUCCAGGAGGGACAGCCAGUUGCAUAUGCAAGUCGUGCACUCACACAAACAGAGCAAAACUAUGCGCAAAUCGAAAAAGAACUGCUGGCGGUGGUGUUUGCAUUUAAGAAAUUUCACCAUUUCACAUAUGGUCGGAGAGUUUUUGUAGAAAGUGACCACAAACCACUUGAAAUUAUAAACUAUGAGAAAGAGAUAGAAGGUACAUGUUUGUCAGAUUAUUCGGCAGUUUCGUCUGAAAGACAAACUAGAAUCAAGCAAGCUACACUCGAAGAUCAGACAUUGCUAAAGCUGAUUGAGUGUAUUAAGAAUGGAUGGAAUAAAGCGCCGAGAGAAGUAAAGCCGUAUUAUUCUGUCCGGGAUGAACUAUCGGUAGAUAACGGUAUUAUAUUUCGCGGUGAUAGAUGCAUCAUACCAAAAAAACGAAAACAGAGUAAAGAACCGUUAAUCAGUCACAGUAUUCCUGACAAACCUUGGGCAAAAGUCGGAACAGACGUGUUUACGUUUGAUGGCAACGACUAUUUGGUAACUGUAGAUUAUUUCAGUAAUUUCUUUGAAAUAGAUCGACUGUAUGAAACAACGUCGAAGGAAAUAGUCGCCAAGUUGAAACAGCAUUUUGCAAGGCAUGGAAUUUCUGAACGUGUGAUCUCAGAUAACGCAAGUGUUUACAAAUCAGAAAAGUUUAAAUCAUUUUCAAGGAGAUGGGAUUUUACGCAUGUAACUUCAUCUGCAAGGUAUCCACAAUCAAACGGAAAAGCUGAAAAUGCAGUUAAGACUGCGAAACGUAUUAUGAAAAAAGAAAAACAUUCGCAUACAGACCCGAUGCUAGCACUUUUAAAUUUUAGGAAUACAUCUCAACAGGCUACAAGUUAUAGUCCAGCUCAGCAGCUGAUCAACAGAAAAACACGAACAUUACUACCGGAGAGAUCAAAUCAGUUUCAGCCUAGCAUACCGUCAAAUGUUAAGGCUAAACUUCAGAAAAGCAAAGACAGACAAGCCUACUAUUAUAACAGGAAUGCGAAGCCAUUACACUGUUUGCGAGCUGGUGAUACUGUGAGAAUACAGCCGAAUGAAAGAAAUAAAACUUGGGAAAAGGGAAUUGUUGUCGAAAAACGACAAACGCGGUCUUACAACGUUUUGAGAGAAAAUUGCACGGUAGUGAACCGAAAUAGAAAACAUCUCCGACGGACGAGUGAACUUUUCAAUGAACAAAGGGAGGAGACUGUAGACAUAGAUCCGAAAAUAAACGACCAAGAGUUGUUGCCCCAGAGAGAUUCUCGAACUGAAACGGAAUUGAAACCGCAAACAAUUGGUCAGUCAGUGAAUUCAGAAACACCUGCAACACCGGUAACGCAGAGAAGAUCUGGUCGUAUUGUACGAAUGCCAUUGAAGUAUAAGGACUAUCAUUUAACUGAUAAACGAUGA